CGGUCCUGUCUCCAUUCAACGGACUUCUUUCUUCAAGUUGUUCAUCGGGCAUCAACUCGUCAUCAUGCUGAGGUUCUUCGUACUCGCCUGCGCUUUGGGCGCCAUCCAGGCUAUGAUCAUACCGCAAGCGACCACUGGGUGUGGAAACCCAUAUUAUCCUCCAGAGGAUAUAUCAUCGCUUAUAGUAGGGGGUACAGUGGCUGCUGCACACAGCUGGCCUUGGCAGACACUGGUCCUCAAUAGAAAUGGGGCUCAUAUGUGUGGCGCUACCGUUAUUGAUGAUCAAUGGAUCGUCUGUGCGGGACAUUGCUUUGGUAAAAGGCCUAAGCCGGCGGACUACUCGUUUGUAUUAGGAGCACACAACAAAUUAACGGACAGAGACUACACAGUCACAGCAGAGACCAUCAUCGUUCAUAAAGACUACUCAUCAUUUACACUCGAAAACGAUAUAGCACUCGUCAAGCUCGGCCAACCCAUCACCUUCAGUAAUGAAAUCAGCCCAGCUUGCCUUGUUAGCAAUAGACCCCAGGAUGGCAAUAUGGCCUAUGUCACUGGCUGGGGAACCACUAGUUCAGGCGGAAGCACUACCACGCUCCUUAAUCAGGUAGGAGUGCCGAUCGUCUCGAAUGCAGUUUGCAGGGCUUCUUAUGGGAGCGAGUUUUACCCGGAUGAGAUGGUGUGCGCUGGAUACCCAGAAGGAGGAAAGGAUUCGUGCCAGGGUGAUAGCGGCGGACCAAUGGUGGUGCAAAAUAAAGACACUGGUUUAUGGGAACUGGCUGGAGUCGUGAGCUGGGGAUAUGGAUGUGCCCAAGCGGGUAACUACGGUGUCUAUACCAACGUCGUCAACUAUUUGGAUUGGAUUGCCAACACCAUGGCCACUAAUUAAGGCGCUAAUGAAUAAUAUUAGAGUUCAUCCUGGUUAAUCGAGGUUGAUUGAAGUGUAGAGUAAAUAUAUAAAUUCUUGGUAGAUCAUGAGAAUUGCAUGAUUAUGUAACCCUAAA